UUUAUUGCUUCAUUUCAUGGUUUAUAAUGUUCUAUGUUUAACAUUUUAUUUCCACAGAAACAAUAUCAAAACCGAAGUGGAGGAAAUGUACCAAUAUUCUCAUUAAGGAGGAAGAAAUGGUAACUUUAAAAAACAUUAUCAUUGGAAUUGUCAAAAUAUUCGGGUUCCUAAGCUUGUCUUUUCCCUUCCCAAAGCACAGCCACCUAAAUUACAAGUUGAAUUAUUCCUUGUAUCAACCAGCAUUGGAUUCUGUUCCUCAAGUGCAACCAUUGCAUGUCAAAAAAGUACCCGAAUCACAACAAACGUGCCGUCAUUCUAUUUUGUUUGAUAAACAGCAAAGAAAGAUGCAGCAUUCUCAGCCACAACAAUUUGGUCCAUUUGCAGGACCAGCAAAGAUUAUUUCAUCACCAGGACUUGCUCCAGUUCUAUCACCGUUGCAGUCACCACCUUUGUUGCAAGUUGUACAUCUAUCAGUCAAUCGUGCUCUUCAAUCCAUUCACCCUAAAAAAGCAAAGACUUUAUGCAAUGCAGAAGAGGAAGCUAAAUGCUUACCAAUUCAUCAGACCAUGCCAGCUCCUGAAAAAUGCAGCGGGUCUACCACACUACACAAAAAUAUGGAGCACAUCCAUCCAGAUGAAACCAGAGCAAAUGAUAACUUUAAAAUUGUGCCAGAACCUACAUCCUCACUUACCCCAAAGAAGGAAGUAGAGGUCAAGAAUGCAAAUUCCUGGGCAAGUUUGAGCAAAAUGGUGACACCCACAUCACUGAUAAAAUCUUCCAGUGAAAGCUUCAAGUUGUUCAGGAAAGCAGCAUUGGAAAAAGAAGAACAUGGAAAAGCUUUAAAAACUCGAGCGGAAAUCAAAAGACGGCAUCUUGUGCAAAUUGGUAGUGAAGAAAGGAAUAAGGUGACGUUCCAACAAAGCGAGCAUGAGAAGGAAAUUGGCCUUGAAUCCACUUCAUCAGGUCAAGACAGGCCCUGUGAGCAAACGUCUGAGCAGAAAAUACCAGAAGACCAUGAAGCGCAACAAAACAGAAAACUAGCCAGAAAACUGGAGCAAGAGCGGAGAAGGAGGGAAGCAAUGGCAACAACAAUUGACAUGAAUUUACAGAGUGAUAUUAUGGAAACAUUUGAAGAAAAUCUAUAUUAGAAAUCUUGACAAUCUUUGUUCAUGUUAAAAGUCUAGUCGUAUGAUGGCUGAAAUGAUCAGAAUUGACUGAUUUGGAGUUUCCAAUAUUAAAGUAUAUAAUGGACACCAAACUGAUAAUUAACGAAUCCUUAUCAGAGCUUAAUCUCCAAAUGGUUAUUGAAAUGUUCCUUGAAUACAGAGGAUGAUGAUGAAUCCUAUUUAUAUAGAAUUUAAUAACAUUUUGUCAGUGUUCUUAAAAUAAAUGUGCAGGUUUAGAUUUUUAGAAAAUCAAAUGAAAAAAAAUUAAAGUUAUUGUGUUCAGUUAAAGAUAAUUGGUGGAUAAGAUUUGGAAAAAUGAAAUUGUAAUUGUUUUGUAAAAUCAAUCCUACAGCUUAUUGCUGCAGUAAAAUAUUUAAGAUUUAGCUACAGUUAAACUGGUAUACUGUAGUAAUGUCCUUUCAUUCACUGACAUUGGAAGAUAAUUGUAAAAAGUAAUAAUAUUCCAAAUUAUCUCAAAUUCAAAGAUGAAGAAAUAUAACUUUUCUCUACCUGAACAUUUUGAUAGCAUUAAAAUUAACUAGAGUUAAUAAAUCGCACUGUCAUGUAUUUAUUUUCACUCUCUGAUAUUCAGAUUUUGUUAAAUUAUUUGAAUGACAUUCAUAAUAUUUCUGUACUUAAUGCUUCCAGUUCAUAUUUUUCUAGUUUUACCGAAUGUAUUUACAGUUGCCAGCACUUGAACACAGAACAGUUACCCAUUAUAGAGCUAAUUAUAAUCAUUUGAAUUGUUAUGCAGUUGAAAUUUCAUCUUCAAGAUGCAAUGUUUCAGUUUUUUCCCUAAAAGGAUAGACAUUUUUCAUGACCUCAUAUCUUUCAUGCAAUAUACUUUCUAUUACUGAAUGAUUCUUGUGGUUUUGCCAAUUUCUUGCUUCAUAAUUCCUGUUUUUCAAGUUAACCAGUUUCAUUUAGUCCAAUUUGGUGAAAAAGCAGUGUACUUGAAAUUACUGGAUGUUUUGGAAUCUAUCACAUGUUCUGAACUUGAUCAAGCUAUAAGAAAUGAA